AUGCUAGAGGAGUUCGGCUUGAGUGCAGACUAUGUUCGGACCGCAGCAGCUGAGGGCCGCCUCCGUGUAGGCGGCCACCCAGCAGAACCAGAACUCAUCCUCGAGAACGGCGAUGUGGUGACUCACACCUACAUGAUGAAGGAGCCCUCCAUCCCAUCGGAGGCCGUAGAGGUGCUGGCGGAGAACGCUUCAGUUCUCGUGGUGAGGAAGCCUGCGGGACUACCUUGCCACCCGCAGGGCAGGUACCAGCGCUGCUCCCUGACAGAGAUCUUGCGGGUGUCUCAUUUGAAGGACCCUGCGGGCUACUUGCACCCUGUGAAUCGCUUAGACAGGCAGACGUCAGGCGUCGUGCUCCUGGCAAAGACGCGAAAGGCUUACAUGGCCCUCGCCCAGGAGCAUGGCGCUGGCUUGCGGAAGCUCUACCUUGCGGGCGUUUGCGGCACCUUUGAUGCUGCAGCCGCAGCAGAACGCUGGCCGCAGUGGAUACUACGCCGUGACACUACGGAGGGCGACGAAGAGGCGGCCUGGCUUUGUGUGGCUCGCACCCUUCGAGGUGGUCUGCCGCCUACCCCUACGGGUGGAGAAGCAUCGCCCCAACCAACCGUUGACGGUGGUGGUGGACACCACAGGAGCCGGGAAGAGCGCUGA